CGUUAACGUUUCCCCGAGGCAAUUGAAACUGGGGUGUUUUGACUCCAACAUCUUGUUUGUACCUGCUUUCCAGAACUUGAAGCACUCGACUCAACCCCCAUCCGGUCUUCCUCGCUCGUUGAUUGCGGGGCAACGAGCCACGACAUCGCUGACAUGGCCCCAGCAUCUCCAUACAAACCACUCGAUCGCGCUACGCAGGAAAUACGGCUUCUCACAUUCGACAUCUCCCAAAAAGCACCCCCAGAGUCCGAUUCUGUGCCAGUCAUCUCCCUUUCCCUCAGCCAUGUCUCCCUCUCCGCGCCCUACUCGUCCACACCAGCGCCACCCUUCCAGGCCCUCUCAUACGUCUGGGGCAUUCCGAACCCCGACGAGCCCCUUCCAACGAUCCUUCUCGACGGCGUCCCCAUGACCGUUACCCCCAAUCUUCACUCAGCUCUAUGCUUCCUCCUCUCCCAGCAACAGCAGCCCGAGGACAAUGACUUCAAAACAAGCUUCUGGAUAGACGCCCUCUGCAUCAACCAAGCCGACAACGACGAAAAGGCCUUCCAGGUCCCGCUUAUGAGCCAAAUCUACACUAGCGCUACGCGGGUGUUCGUCUGGCUAGGCUUGCUACCCCGUCCGGGUGAAGGGCCGCAUAGGGACUGUGGAUGCACGCUCAAGACCGUGGCCUGGCUGGGGAGCAUGUUCAGAGAGCAGGCGAAGAAGAAGCGGGAGGGUCCGCUUCCAAGCGCGCUUGAGGGCCUUAGCGAGGAGGACCAGAGAAGGAGGGUUACCCAGGGGUUCGUGUGGACUGUGCUCCAGUAUAGCAUAACUCGGGACUAUGGACAGGAGAACGCCAAGAGUGGGGGGUUCGACUUUGAGCGUAUUUGGCAGCUCUUCUGUGAGCGGCCGUACUGGCGACGGCUGUGGAUCGUGCAGGAAGUGGUGCUGGCUCGCAAGGCGGUGGUGGCGUGUGGAAGUGGUGAGGGGGUGGUGGUGGACUGGGAGGAUGUUCAAGAUGCGCUGCAGUUGUUUGAGUGGAUGAUUCUUUACUCGAAUAUUGAUCCCAAGUAUCGGCGGCUGUAUGAGUUGCUGGGGGACAUCAUGCCCAGUGUCAUGCAUCUAGAGGAGGCCACGAAUGUGUACAGGCUCAGUCUGCGGGAAGGAAAGGAUGGCAUGCGGCUCAUGGAGGUUCUGCUGUUCACUGAUUGUGCGGAUGGAGAGGACAAGGCCAUCCAGGCGACUGAUCCUCGUGAUCGCAUCUACGGGUUGCUCGGUCUCAUACGAGAGAGUGACAGGAAGAAGAUCCCGGUGGAUUACUCGGACAAGACAACAGUCAGCACGGUUCUCACGCACGUCGCCACAGCUUUGAUACAAGAAUAUGGCCCGGAUGUGCUAUGCUAUCAUCGGGAGACCGCUCGUUGGGCAGACGAGGGACUUCCCUCUUGGGUGCCUGACUGGACGGCACCUCGACGCCCGACCAUCGGCAGUGUCAAACUUGAUGGACCUGGAGGCGUGCUCCACUUUGAGGCCACAAAGGGAACACAUUGGCCCUUGAAUAGCACGGUGGUGAUUGCAGUGAUUGGAGAAUCGAAGCUCGCCCUCUUCUUGCCGGGAGCAGUGAUGUCUACUGUCGUCCGCAUUGGUUCAGAGUUCACUAGUGCCUCAGGACAGGAGAAUUACCUGGUCGCAUGUCGUGCAUGGUUAGAAGAGUUGCAGCAGUUGGCGAGUGAAAGUGAUGAAGUUGCAAGGGACAAUAUCUGGCGAGUGCCCAUGGCGGAUUUUAGCCUAGUGACCCGUGCAGAGCUGGAGACCCCAGAGCGGUACAUUCACGGCUUCAACGUCCUUCUGGGGAGGGUUGCGCCCCCCGUAGAAGCUCAAACAAGCGAAGAAACGAAGAGAAGCUGGAUGCUGUCGGAGUCUUGGGACUAUUGUCGUGCCUGGAAGAUCUACGGAAGACGUGCGUUUGUCGAUGCAUCUGGCAGGCCUGGGCUGGCGCCCCGCCAGACUUCUCCUGGAGAUACCAUUGCCCUUUUCAGAGGAGGACAAGUUCCUGUGAUGCUGCGGGAAACAAAUGAUGGGAUUCAUGGUUAUCGGGUACUUGGUACUUGCUACAUCCAUGCUCUGAUGGACGGGGAGGGCACCGAGACAACGCAGUGGGCAGAAGCUUUUUCGUCAAGCCAGCAAAUCCUGCUGGUAUGAACCGAUGCGACAACAAACUCGCACUGUCUGAGUGUUGAGAGUCGUACAAAGCCACAUCUGCUCGGCACAUCUCAGACGGCACUCGGCCCUCUGGGUGCGAUUUAUCCCUUGGUCUUCCAUGGAUGCUACUGACCAAGAAAGCAAUUGUCUUUACUCGGUGCUGGCCGGACUGGAACGCGUGCAGGUUGUUUGAUCAUUUUGGUUGGUACCGAUUGCCUUUGUUGAUUGUGACUACAGUUAAUACGUGCCACCCAACACCCUUUGUUGGUUCAACGCCUCGACACCGAAAGCGGAUAGCAGGAUACAAAGAAUGCCUGCACAAGAACGAUGCACAUAAAGCUUCGCGAGGUCAACUCCAGGCAAAUGGACAACAACUGCUUGCUCCAGUAACCUCUUCCAUUAUCCCAAAUUCC